AUGCAGAGGACUCCUGCUGUACCUCGGAGCAUAUUUCUCAUCAUGUUCUGUUUCCAAUGGGACGUGUUGCCAGAAAUAAGAGAGAGAGUAACUAUUAUUAUUCUCAUAACAGCAGAGGAGAUCCAUCAGCUGCAGGAACUGAGAAAGAAGCUGCUAAGAGAAACAUGUGAUGGCAACAGAGACAAGUUUACUGAGGGCAAACACAGCUUAGAUGACUUGAGAAACAAAGAGCUGGAGAACCUAAUUGUGGACGACAAACACUGCAUCAUCUACUGUUCUAUUCCCAAGGUGGCCUGUACCAACUGGAAGAGGGUCAUGUUUGCCCUGAAGCAGAGCAAGCCAUACCCUGACCCCAUGUCCAUAAAUGUUGACUUGGUCCAUAAGAUCGACAAGCUCAUUUACCUGAACACUUUCUCAAAAACAGAGAUUGAGGGAAAGCUGAAACACUACACCAAGUUCCUGUUUGUCCGGGACCCAUUCGUCCGACUCGUCUCCGCCUACCGAGACAAGUUCCUGCGGUGGCAAGAUGAGUACUUCUAUCUACACUUUACCCGGGACAUUCUGCGCCUGUAUGGUAACCUGACUAAUCCACCAGAGACAGUGGAGGAGGCGUCUGUAUCUGAGUUACAUCCCUCCUUUUACAACUUCAUUCAGUACUUGCUGGACCCGCAGACAGAAGAGAAGCGUCCCUUUGACCCCCACUGGAGGCAGAUGUACCGCCAGUGCCACCCCUGCCUCAUCCAGUAUGAUUUCAUUGGCCAUCAGGAGACUCUACAACAGGACGCGGGACAGCUGCUGAAGAUGUUAAAGCUGGAGGACGACAUCAAGUUCCCUCCUUCCUAUGAAAACAUGACUUCCCCUAGUUCUGUGCCGGACUGGUUCAGCACAGUGCCUCUAGAGGACAGGAGGAAGCUGUACGAGCUCUAUGAGGGGGACUUCAGGCUUUUUGGCUACAAAAGGCCUGGACAAUGGCUUGAUUAUUGAGAUGAAGUCAGGAUUCCCUCUUCCCUGUGGACAAAGAAAACCACUAUUUACUUCUAAGCAAAGAACAAUCACUAAGACGAGGGAAAUAUUCAACCAAUCUGUUUCUCAAAUACUUCGAUCCUAAU